UCUCAUUGUUCUCCUAGAGACCCUUACCUUUUGCUACUUCCCCUGUUUUUUAUUCUGUCUUCACAUUGUUUUCCAUCAUUUGGUUUCUCUAUAAAUAGUCAAAUAGGAAAAGGAUUGCUCAUCAAAUCAAACUCCAUAACAAGACUCACCUCCUCUGCACAGAGUGGAGAAAUCCAUUAGAAAACAUGAUGCAGUCAGAGAUUCUUCAUCAGUCCCCAUGGUCAUUCUAUGAAGGCAUGGACUCAAUUUUUGAUCAAGUUCUUGAGCCCUACCAAUUAUUCACCAUGGAUGACCAUGUUGUUGGUGAUUGUGUGUUCAACAGUACUAUGUUGAGCACUCCACAGGAUACUGUUUCUGAAGUUUUCUCCAUCCCCUCUCCUUCCACCAUAUUUACCAAUGAUCUUAUCCAAUACCCAAUUGAUGAAGACACCCUGCAACUCCCAUCACUGAUGGAACUUGAUGGUUUCGAAUUUGAUGCUAAUUUGAGUUCCCAGAUUGCAAAUAUUUUUGGCCAUGGAUACCCAGAAGAAAGUGAAGGGACUCAUUUUCCGCAACCGCAAUUUAAAACACUGGAAGAGAGCUUCCCUUUACAGGGCUCCCCCAGUGAGGUAGAAGAUUCAUGGAGUCCUCCCAUGUCACUGAGAUCAGAAAUUUCCUUCUCCUCCUCAAUUCAACAACCAUCACUGAACUUGCCACAAGAAGGCAUGGAAAUUUGCAACCAAGUGAGCCUUCCACACCUGAUGGAGGCCUAUGUAGAAACCAAGGGUAAAGGACAAAAUUCACUAGCAGAAGCGAUCUUGAGGCGCAUGAGCCAGAAAGUUAACCCGCGCGGUGAUUCGCUUGAGCGCCUUGCAUCAUACUUGUCACAAGACAUGACAAAUCAUGGAGAUUAUCUCAGAGGUGAGGCCUCCAAGAACUUUGGUGAUGCUUUGAGGGUGUUCCAUCAAGGAGUCCCACAUAGAAAAAUUGCUGACUUUGCAGCAAUUUCAGCAAUUCUUGAAGCUGUCCCAGAAGAUUGUGAUGGAAUACACAUAAUUGACUUUUAUUUAGGACAUGGUGCUCAAUGGGCUCCAAUGAUUGAGACAAUUGCAAAAUUUCACAAAUCAUUGAAAUUGACAUCAAUCAGAUUGGAUGAGGAGAGCCCUGAAUGUGUUUCCACUCCAUUAAAUUUUGAGGAAACUAGGAGGCAACUUUAUGAACAUGCCAAAUCAUGUGGUUUGAAGUUGAAGGUAGAGGAAAAGAGAUUGGAAGAACUGGUUGGUGAGAUUAAAAAGAUGAAAAAAAAGGGUGGGAGGAGAGAGUUUUUAGCCUUCAAUUGUAUGGUGGGUCUAUUGGAUUUGAGCGAUGCGAGACUUGUUUCACCAUUACAAUCAACGUCAACACAAGUGUGGAGGAAAAGAGAACAAGCCAUGGAGUUUCUUAAGGUAGCUGAGGAUUUGAUCAACACCUCUGACUGCAAGGGAAUUAUCACUUCUGGUGAUGGUGAUGCAUUUGAGAAAAUGAAAAAUAACUGUGAUUUCAGGUCAUUCAUUGAAGGCCAUUUAGUGCAUUACCAGGCUUGGUUAGAAUCAAUUGAAUCACACUUCACACCUCGUUUCUCUGAAGCAAGAACUGCAAUUGAAGUGCUAUUCGUGGCGCCUUGCGUCUCUUCUCUUAGUCUGUUACAAUUACAAACAUGGGAGGAAAAGAAAAAGGAUUGGGAUCUUCAUCAGGAACAGAUGAUGAGCUUAGAGGGUUGCAGAUUGAGCAAUAACAUAUUACUGGAAGCCAGAGAAGUGUUGAAUGGAAGUGAAGGUUCAUAUGAGGCCAGGAUUGAAGGACAAAGUGGUAAUGUUCUGGUUUUGGAAUGGAAAGGCACCCAACUGCUAAGACUCUCAACUUGGAAAAACUAAAGCUAAAACUGUGCAUAGUAAUCUUUUGUGUUACAAUCAAAAUUUCACUUCUAGAUAGUUGUUAAUUGAUAUUAGAAUUUGAUUUGCACAUAUGUUCAUGUUCAUUGUAGCCCUAAAGGUCUAAACCCAAAAGUAUAUAAAAGUGCAUUUGUUCUC